AUGAAACGAAAGGCUUGUUUAAUCGAAGCUUUUGAAACCGACAAAGCUGUGUUUGAAAAGGAAGUGUUAAGGAAGUAUAAAGAAAAUAAUAUCAUGUACAAGAAUACAAUUUGGUACAAAUUACUCACAAGCGCGGAGAAGACUUGUCUUAAAGAAGAUAAAAUCCGAAAAAUUCACUAUAAAUUUGAGGACGAUAAGGAAAUGGUUGAGGAAUAUAACGUUGACACUCAAGUUCUAUUGAGACGAGCUUGGAAAGCAAAGGGAAAGCUUGGGAGUGAAGGCAAAUGGGAUGUAGAAAUAGGAGAUCCUAUUCCUGAUGAAGUACAGAACAUUGAGGCUGUAGAAAUUAUGGAGAGUAAAGAUCAACCUAUAGUCACAAGACGUAAUACAAGAGUUAAUUUAGAGUGGAGAAUAAGGAACUUACCUUAUCCAAUAGAAACAUAUUGUAUUAAAGCAAAUAAUGAAGAGAAGUGUGUUAUUAUAAGUACCACUAAUAAGAAGUAUUAUAAGAAACUGCCAAUUCCUGAGUUAACUAGGCUGGGGUUGAACAUAGAACAAGCUAAUAUUCAGUCUUCGCAUAAGUACAAUACUUUAAUUGUAAUGUAUAAGAAACCUCAACAAUUAUUGGACAUGGAAAAGGAAUGGUAUGAGGAAUUGAAUAAGGUAAAGCCAGUGAAAGACGUGCCAAAUGACUGUAAAGCUCAGUGA